AUGGCACAUUCGCAUCCGCAGCACUGGGCCAUGGCGCCGCCCUACCACAACCGCGGGUCGCCGCCGGCGCCGCAGCAGGAGCAGGCGGGUCCGGCCGCGGAGGGCGAAAGCGGAGCCGGAUCCGUCGGAAACAAGCCGAGGUCACUCUGGAUCGGCGGACUUCUCGACUGGAUGGACGAGGACUACCUCUACAGCUGCUUCACCCGCUCGUCCGAGCUCGUGUCGGUAGUGGUAAUGCGCAACAAGGAGACCAGGCAACCCGAGGGUUUUGGCUAUCUUAACUUUGCUAACCAUGUCACCGCUGAUCAAAUCCUCCAGAGCUACAAUGGCCAGAGGAUGCCUAAUACUGACAGAGAUUUCAGGCUCAGCUGGGUCAUCCGCAGCGCUCCAGAGAAGCCCGCUGGCGAUGAUCAUGCCAUAUAUGUUGGGGACUUGAGCCUUGAUGUUACAGACUUCAUGCUACAUGAUGUGUUCAAGAAUCGCUAUCCAUCAGUUAAGAAGGCAACUGUUAUGCGGGGUGGUUUUUCUGGACACUCGAAAGGCUAUGGGUUCGUUUUGUUUGGAGAUGUUAGUGAGUGCAGACAAGCGAUGACCGAAAUGGAUGGAGCAUACUGUUCUACUAGGCCUAUGCGUAUCAGAGCUGCUACCGGCACUGGCCACCAACAGAAUGGAUCUCGUACACAAGGGACAGAUUCUGAUGGCAAUUGGAACAAUAAAAGACUAUUUGUUGGUGGUCUUGAUUUAAGUGUAACUGCUGAGGAUCUAAAGAAAGCCUUUAGUCCUUAUGGAGAGAUUACUGAUACUGAUGUCACGUUGGUAGAGGGGAAAUGCUGUGGCUUCGUCGCAUAUAGGAGCAGAGCAUCAGCUGAGGAGGCUAGAAGAAUUCUAAAUGGAAGCCAACUGGGAAAUAACACCAUGAGGAUUUUCUGGGCUCGCCGUCUUUCUAACAAGAAGGAUGAAGCGAAUGAUGAGUACCAUGGACAUCCCCAAGGUUCGGGUCCUGAUUAUGGCUGCUCUCCUGGGGAUUCUAACAUGCAUGGUUACAAAGGCCGUGGAGGAUAUGCAUAUCACCAACAGAAGCAGCCACAACAGACCCCAGUACAGUGCAGUGAGGAUGGCAGCGCAGGGAAUGUCUCAGUCACAAAGUGCGGUGGAAUUCUUGCAAGAUAAACCCAAGAGAUCUUUUGCCGGAAAUACCUUUUUUUGGUGCCGUGUUCCUCCUUUGGUUCUGCAUGGUCACGCAAGUUCCUUGAGAUGCCUGGAACAACAGUUGCGGUGUUCGGAAUUUCUCUUUUCGGAAAUAGCUGUAUCUGCUGCUGCUUUGUUUUGCCUUUCGUUGCGCAUCCAGAGAUGUGCACCGUCGUGCAAAUGCACUUCCGUAGGCGCCUGGAACGGCAGGGUUUGGAUUACAAAUUGAGAUAACUCAUCCUGUAGUUUUGGUGGAGAAACAGGGAUAAGCCAUUUUAGCUUUGGUUGGAAGAGUUACGUGGCCUAAAUUCUGGUAUUACUAUGGGCAUUCACUGAGACUGUUCUGAACUCUAUAAACCAAGGUGGUACAGAUGCAAUGCGACUUUUUAACCCUUCAUAAGAUCCCGUUGUGGUAACCCUUAAGUCUGUGAUUGUGUUUGUUGACUCGCUCUGCCUAUACUAUGAUAUGGAAUCACAUUUUGCA